AAAAAUUUGGCGUAUAACGUUUAAAACUAGUCAAUUUGACAUUUGUUGCGCAUGUAGCGUAUGUUAGGAACGUGGUCUGUCAAUUUGUCAAUGUCGGUAUAAUAGUUUUUUUUGUUUUUGUGUAAUUAAUGAACAGAUAUUUUGUUUAAAUAGAAUUUGUAGAAUAAAGCUUUCACCGUUCUAUAUCCAUAUCUCUUUUUCGUUGUUUCAUGCUAACACAUUUCUGAAAUUGUAAGAGCCCAAAGAUGGUGGGAUUUGAAGUCGAUAUGAACCGGGACGACGACUGUGACAAUAUCGGACUUGGUUGUGCUUUAGAGCACUUUUCCGAAGUGGAAGAAGUAUUGAAUAUGAUAGACAACGUAAAAAAUAUAUACAAUACUCCCUCUUUCGAAGUAGAAUACGAUAAAUUAUACAAUAUAUUGAAACAGUAUUAUGAACAACCACAUUUACUUGAUCCUCAUUUAGAAAAAAUUUUGGCAAAAUUUUUAAGUCUUAUAAAAGAUAAAGAUUCUCCAUUUGAAUUAAAGCAUGCCACUUUCAACUACAUGUACCAAAUCAUUCGAGUAAGAGGAUAUAAAAUAGUUAUACGCCACUUGCCACAUGAAGUUGCAGAUCUCAUGACAGUGCUUUCAUACCUGGAAGCUCAAGACCCCAAUGAUAAAGAAACAUGGAGGAGCCGAUUUGUCCUUUUGCUUUGGCUGUCAAUUGUUGUUAUCAUUCCAUUUCACAUGAGCCGUCUUGAUGGUUUUGCUCCAGGACAGCCAGAUGCCGGUUCUUCUAAGAAACUGACAGUAAUGGAGAGAAUCUUUAACAUAUGCAAAACAUAUGCUUUGAGUAAAGAUUCAUGUGCUGAAGCCAGUGCUUUUUUAGUUUCUAAGUUUCUUAUAAGAUCAGAUGUAAAAGAUUUAUAUAUGGGUGCAUUUUUUGACUGGGCCUGUGAACUACAUUCCAAUCUGCAAGAGGAAGAAAAAAUUCGCUAUGGUGUGUUGGCAGCUGUUGCUGCAGUUCUUAAGCAUGGCAAGAGGGAUGACUUAUUGCAAUUUGCUCCCAAGCUAUUGAAAUGGGUCACUGAUCAAAAUUACAAACAACAUAAAGCUAUGUUGGUGAGAAAAUAUGGAGUGAAGAUAGUGCAAAGAAUAGGCUUAACAUUCUUGCGUCCGCGCGUCGUAUCGUGGCGUUAUACGCGUGGGUCGCGUUCCCUCGCCGUCACACUGGGUGGCGUGGCGGCCGCUGGCGACACCGAGCCUAUUACUGCGCCCCUAGAUGAUGACGACCAGGAUAUCCCUCAAGAGGUGGAGGAUGUUGUGGAACUUCUCCUUUGUUCCCUUCGCGACGACGAUACGGUGGUGAGAUGGUCUGCGGCUAAAGGCAUCGGUCGCAUUGGAGCGCGACUGCCAGCGCUAGCAGCGGCCGAUGUGUGCGAAUGUGUGCUGGGACUAUUUGCUGAUAAUGAGCGGGAAACCGCCUGGCAUGGCGGCUGUAUGGCGCUCGCUGAACUUGCGCGGCGCGGGCUACUGUCGCCGCAGCAGGUAGGCGCGGGGGUGGGGGCCGUAGUGCGCGCGUUGUGCCGCGACGAGCCGCGCGCGGCGGGCGGAGGAGGCAGUCGGGCGGCGCGGGACUCCGCCUGUCAUGCUGCUUGGGCGUUCGCGAGGGCGUACGACGCGCAAGCGUUGGCGCCACACGCUAAUACGUUAGCGAACGCCCUCAUCGCCACCGCGUGCUUCGAUAGAGAGAUAAAUUGUCGACGAGCAGCUUCCGCGGCAUAUCAGGAAAACGUUGGUAGGCACGGUAUGUUCCCUCACGGCAUAGACGUUUUGACCACUGCUGACUUUCAAACGGUCGGCCCCAGGAAUAACGCUUUCCUUGUGAUCGCGCCGCAAGUUGCCGAUUACCCGGAAUACACUCAGCCACUCAUAGACCAUCUCGUGGAUUUGAAAGUGGAACAUUGGGAUUGUGCCAUUCGGGAACUGGCCGCUAAGGCUCUCAACAAAUUGACACCUAAGAUUCCCGAGUAUGUAGCAGCUGUGAUAUUACCAAAAUUGGUGCAGAAAAGCGAGUCUAUAGAUUUGAAUGUGCGUCAUGGUGCCAUACUCGCUAUCGGAGAAGCCAUCCACGCUCUGUCCCAAAUCAAAUUGUCUGAUGGCAAACCUGCCGAUUCUCUGAUAUCAGAAGACAUUUCUAUCGCCGUGCGAGAAUUAGUGCCUCGUUUGAGAGCUAGACAACAAUUCCGCGGUCUCGGCGGAGAGUUGAUGCGGCAGGCGUGCUGCCAGUGUAUAGCUCUGCUGUCACUGGCUGCCGUGCCUUACCAUUCGCACCCUACUAUAGAUGAAUGGUUAAAUUUGAUAGAAGAAUGUCUGUCACACGAAGUGCAAGCCAUUCGCGAGAAGGCAAUCUACGCACUUCCCUUGGUCUUCGAUCAGUAUUUGCGGGACGAUAAACUAGUGUAUGGGGAUAAGACAGCUAAGGUGAAACGAAUGGAACUCAUCGAAAAGUACUGCGAACAGCUGACUAACACUGGGGUCAAUGGGCUCGUUUUAAGAAUGGGAUAUUCACGAGCUGUCGGUUCACUGCCUAAAUCCGUGCUUUCUGAACAACUGCCUUUGAUCAUACAGUCGCUAAUAGAUUGCGCUAAAGUAUCCGAGAACACUCUGAAGUGGGCAGAAGGUCGACGAGAUGCAGUGAUCGGUCUGACUGAAGUGUGCCACACUCAAGGAAUAGUGAAUGGCGUUGAGAAAUAUGUGGGACAAAUCGUUGAGGCCCUGCUGCAUUGUUUAUCCGAAUAUACUAUCGAUAUGAGGGGUGAUAUAGGGGCUUGGGUGAGGGAAGCUAGUAUGACUGGCCUCUUAGCACUCUGUCGACAAUGUGCAAUAGAAGCUCCGCACCUAAACUCGUCGGAAGUAAUUAGGAACAUAAUGCGAGGCAUAGCGCAGCAAGCGGUCGAGAAGAUUGACAGAACUAGAGCGCACGCUGGACGAAUAUUCACCGCCUUGAUUUACAACGACCCGCUCAUAACUAACAUACCACAGCACGACGCGCUUAAACGCAUAUUUCCCUGCGAGGAAGUAGAACUUAAGCCCAAAGAACAAGAGGAUGAAACAGAACCGACUGCCAGUGAGAAUUCCAACGUGGUGCUGUGGCUCUUUCCAGGACAUACUAUGCCGAGAUUCGUGCAGUUGUUGAACUAUGACGAGUAUAGAUAUAAUGUUAUUAAAGGGUUGAUCGUCAGCGGUGGAGAGCUGACGGAGAGUUUGGUCAAACAUACAACACAGUCUUUGUAUUCAUACCUUAACACAUUGCAAGACAACAAACCUAUGCUAAAAUCCAUCUGUGAUACAAUUAUCAAAGUGUUCGCUGACAAUUUACAUGUGAAACGAAUUACGGGGCCCAUCUUCAAUUUCCUUGAUAGACUCCUAAGUUCAGGUUCAAUAUCACCAAUAUUAGAGGACCCAGAUUCCACUUUUGCAGCAGACAUUUUGAAAUAUUUGCAAAUAGAAUUGAGGGGUGGGAAAAAUAUUUACAAGCUAUUGGAUUCCAUCAAUGUGCUGUGUCAACUGAUUCAGGUUGGUGGUGUAGUGUGCAGCAAAUCUUUGGGCCAAUUGGUUAUUUACUUGUGUUACGCCGAUCGUUAUGUAAGAAGAUGCGCCGCCGCAAGACUGUAUGAAGCUUUGACACUAUAUGGCGACGUUUGUUCGGUGCCACAGGACAAUAUAGAUCAGAUUAUGGCGGUCCUUGCUGACACAGACUGGGAAAAGGACGUGAACGAAUUAAGACCUAUAAGGAAUGACCUAUGCGAUCUCAUGAACAUCAAGCGACCAGUUAUGAAACAGAAGAAUCCAUCGUAAAGUUUAAUCAAAUAAGGUCGGAUUUUGCUUAACGCUUUUAUAACAGAACGCAUUUGACAUGUGUAAACGAAUAAUUUUGUAUUUUUCAACACAUUUUAUUUGCUGCUUAGUGCCUUAAUAUGAAAUAUUUAUUUUUUUAUUCAACAUUGCAUUGCAUAAGAGCGAUGUUUUUGCCUAUAUGAUGUAAUGAAUCUCUCAAGUCUGUAUCCGUUUAGUCGAGGUUGAUGCAAAUUCUGCAACAUAGUGUGUGUUUAGACUGAUAAUGUUUUGUGCAAUAUUUUGCAUCUGAAUAAAUGAUACUGAGUGUUGUCUGACAAUCAAAUUCAAAAUAUUAGGUCUCUCUAUGAAGAGAUCAGUGAUCACAAGUUGCUUUGUUAGAUUAUGAUUCUGUUAAGCUUAUGUGGAAUUGAAAUUGUCCACUAUCUGUCAGAUAAGCUAACCGGUCAGUGAAUUUGGAGAGGCAGGCUUCACAAAAAUAUUCUUGGUUUCACAUAAAUAACUUACAGAUUUUGCACCAUUGUGCCUAAGGUUCCAAAACUGAAUAAUGUUGCGUGCAAAUUCUUGAUUAAUUUAGUGUAAUGCUAAAGACAUUUCCUUAACAAACAACUGCUUAUUCUUCAUGUAAUAAUAGUUUUUAGUCAUUCUAUUUGUACCGCAGAACAAUGCAAUCAAAUUCAUAAACAUCGUUUUUUAAUAAUGGCUAUAACGUACAAACUGUUGUUGUAUUGUCUAGAUUGGUACAUUGUUUUAAAACUUAAUUUCAUGAGCAACUUUGUUUUAUAUACGUGCUCAACACAGGUAUUAACUUGUAAGGUUUUCGUAAUUGAUUCCUAAAAACAAGGAAUCGGAGAAAAAAAAUCGAGAUUAUUUAAAAUUUUGGUUGUUUAUUUUUUAUUUUAGCUUAGUUCACGAGUGAAUGGAGUGUAAAUGAGAGAUUGUCCGAGUCCGCUCAACCGAAUACUAUAAGAAAAUGUAACAAUUUAACAUUUAUAAUUUAUUUAAAACUUGACUGGACAUAAUAACAUUGUAAAAGAAUGCAUUUAUUUUACUUUACAAUAUAUAAUUUAUUUAUACUUACUAUUUCCAUGUUUUAUUUGCACCCGUAGCUGAUAAAUAAUACAAAUAUGCACUUAAAAUAAUCUUUAAUCAUAAAUUAAUUAAUUGCACAUCAACAAUAAUCUAAUAAGCACCAAUUUGUCAUGAUGCCAACGACAAUCAAUUUUCCCCCACCUUACAAUCUCAAAUUUGAUAUGAACGAGUCUUUACAAAUUGUUUUAUUAUCCAAUGAUAUAAAAACAUAAUAAGUAUAAUAUAACAACAGACAAUAGAAUGCUAAUCACCUUAUAAUUAUUUAAAAGAGGUUGAUUAUUAGCCAAAGUUAUUAACGGCCAAAUAAGCAAGUACCAAAAUUAUAUUUUUAAAGUUCGUUUCCCAGUACGAUCCGAUUAUAACUAAAAGAACCUCGAACAAAGUUUGACACUCUUAAUAGGGGUGACGACGGGGUACAGUAAUCGAAAUUCUAUUUAGUCCGUCAGUUAGAUGAUCAAAAAAUAAUGGACACGUAUUUUUUCUUGUGUCCGUGAUGCUAGUGAAUUUUCACUUAAAAGUGUACUCAAACGUGACGUCAUGCGACUUUUCAAAUCAAUGUAUCUCUGCAAUGUUUAUAUUAUGUGAAAAAAGAAAAAAUAUGUGUCCAAUACUUUUUGAUAAUCUACCUGAUAAACGAAGAAAAAAAAUAAUCAUCAUCCCUAUUGUAUGCUUUUCGAACGAGAAUAAGCGCGAUUUAUUCUUUGAAUUUUUAGGCUCCGUUUUCUACAGACUUUGUAACACCCAAACCGCUUCUUUCUCGUGGUUGAAACAAACAUUAAGGUUGUUAUAAUUUUUUUUGAAGCAUGUAACUGCUUCAUGUUUAAAUCUAAAGAAAAUAAUAAUAAUUAAGGUUGUGUUAAAAUAUUAAUAUAUGAUAAUGUAUAUAAAGUACUUGUACUACCUACAGCUGACCAUUCUUAUAUGCAACAAGGACAAGAAACACGUUAAGUAAAACAAAUCUGAAUUAUUGGACGUUUCGUCUUGUUGUAAUUUCGGUAGGUACCAGUUUUAUAUAUUUUACAGUUUUGGCACCUGAUUAGAGUAAACAACUCUUGUUGUCCUCUUGUAAAGAAGAGAUAAAUCAUCAUAUUUUUAUAUAUAUAGAUAUAAAUAAAAGGUGUUAGCAAUCUCUUACUUUUGCAUCAAAAUUCUUAUCUCAAACUCGUAUACUUAAUAAUUUUGGUGGUAAUCUUGAUCAACCAAGUAGUUGUAACUGCGCAGGGUCCUGUGGUGCCUCGGCGAUAAUGUUUGCCCAGAACGUCCCAUAGUCCUUUAGGACUGUUCCUCUGUAAAACAAAAGUGACAAAUGUGAAUUUUAAAAAGAAAAUCUAUUUUUUUUGUUUUUGUUUAAAAAGCGUGCUGGUUUUGAGUCUUUUUCAAAGCUUUUAUUUAACUUGCAAUGUAUGUAUGUUAUGUUUGUUCGGAUGGAAUCUUGCAACUCAAUUUUGAAGCAGAUAUCUUCAUUCGAUUGAGCUGAAAUUUUUGUACACACGUUUGGAUGACAAUGCAUGGUAAGCUGUGUGACGUCACUCUAAAUUCAAUAUGGCAGAACAUACAAGAUGGCGGACUAGUUAUUUAUGAUGUAAUCCUACAAUAUGAGUAUCAAAUGAAACGACUUGCAAUCCUACAAACUAUAGUGGCGUCACCUUAAAUCCAAUAUGGUGUACUUAAUAAGAUGGCAGACUAAGUUUUUAUACUUUCCUACAAUAUGGGUAUCAAAUCAAGUUGCUAAGAAUAUAAGGUUUUUGAAGUGUUCGAUGGUGUCCAGCGAUAGCUAGAAAGUAUAAACAAAAUUGGAAAACUUUCAAGUAAAUAUCAUUAUCUUCCCUUACUUUAAUCUGGC